CAGCAGGAGCCUCGGCUCCGCAACUGCCACUCCUCCUCGGAGUGUUGCACAAGUUUCGAGGUCACCGGCGAACCCCCCUAGCAGCGCGCCUGGCUCUGGCCCCCACGAAGGAGGACGGGGCUUGUGUGUUGCAUACUUUCUAAGGCGGUGGCUGCGACAGCGGCAGUGGUUCCAACCAGCCCAUCGACCGGACUCCUGCUUGGCUUGGCAUGGCUGGCUACCUGAGUGAAUCGGACUUUGUGAUGGUGGAGGAGGGCUUCAGCACCCGAGACCUGCUGGAGGAGCUCACUCUGGGGGCCCCACGGGCCGCCACGGGUGAGGUCGCUGCCUUCUUCGUGGCCGACCUGGGUGCCAUAGUGAGGAAGCACUUCUGCUUUCUGAAGUGCCUGCCACGAGUCCGGCCCUUUUAUGCUGUCAAGUGCAACAACAGCCUGGGUGUGCUGAAGGUCCUGGCUGAACUGGGGCUGGGCUUCAGCUGUGUCAACAAGGCAGAGAUGGAGUUAGUCCAGCGUAUUGGUGUCCCUGCCAGUAGGAUCAUCUAUGCCAACCCCUGUAAGCAAAUUGCACAGAUCAAGUAUGCUGCCAAGCAUGGGGUGCAGCUGCUGAGCUUUGACAACGAGGUGGAGCUGGUAAAGGUGGUCAAGAGCUACCCUAGUGCCAAGAUGGUUCUGUGUAUUGCCACCGAUGACACCCACUCCCUGAGCCGCCUGAGCCUGAAAUUUGGAGCAUUGCUGAAAUCCUGCAGACAUCUGCUUGAAAAUGCCAAGAAGAGCCAUAUGGAGGUGGUGGGUGUAAGUUUUCAUGUUGGCAGCGGCUGUCCUGACCCCCAGGUCUAUGCUCAGUCCAUCGCAGAAGCUCGGCUUGUGUUUGAAAUUGGUGCCGAGCUGGGCCACACGAUGCAUAUUCUUGACAUUGGUGGUGGCUUCCCUGGAGUAGAGGGAACCAAAGUGAGAUUUGAAGAGAUUACUUCUGUGAUCAACUCAGCCUUGGACCUGUACUUCCCAGAGGGCUGUGGUGUGGACAUCCUUGCUGAGCUGGGGCGCUACUAUGUGACCUCUGCAUUCACCGUGGCUGUAAGCAUUGUCGCCAAGAAGGAGGUUCUUCUAGACCAGCCCAGCAGAGAGGAGGAAAAUGGUUCUGUCCUCAAGACCUUUGUGUACCACCUUGAUGAUGGCGUGUAUGGAAUCUUCAACUCCGUUCUGUUUGACAACAUCUGGCCCACUCCCAUUCUGCAGAAGGUUCACUGAGUUUCCCAGGCUGAGCUCAAACUUGUGAUCAACCUGCCUCAGCCUCCUAGAGUGUGGGGACGGACAUGUGCCACCACUCCCAGCCCGGGACAUGCUGUUGGAGGCCACAUCCAGGUUACUACCAGUUCCCUGAAGCAGUUCUGUCCUCAGCAACGCAUCUUCCUCCAACUUCACACUCAACUCACGUGGCUUUUGUGGCUGCGCCCUGGCUUUGCCCUGUUCCCUCCUCUUCUCUCUGGCAUAUCUCCCACUGUGCACACUGAAGCACUGACCACCUCGGGCCUCAGCCUUGACCCUCUGCCCUGUCUACACAUACCUCAGGUCUCAGUAGCGCCUCUCCUCUCCCCACUCCUAAAUUUGUAUCUAUCCCGGAUCGCAUUAUGUGGCCCAGGCUAGUCUUGAGUUCCUGCUCCUUAAAAGUGAUCCUCCUGUCUCAGCCUCCUGGGCAGCUGGGACUACAGGUUCAUGUUAGCAUAUCUGUGGAACUGAGGAGAUUUUAAAAACUUACAUAAGUGACUUAAAAUUUACAGGAACUUUUAAGAAGGAAAAAACAAAGACAAGCAAAAAUCUCCCACAAUCCUCUGCUUUAGUGGACCUCAUGACGUUACCUCUCCCUUCACCAUUUCCUACAGUACUGUGUGGCUGCAAACCUUACGAAUGUAUUGGUGCCUGCUGAAGUCACUGUGUAGGUGUUUUAUUAAGCAUGUCAUGUAGCAUUACUCUUAAGUUUUGUAACAAUUCUUUGAGGCAGGUAUUAUCAGUCCUGUUUUACAAUGAGAAAACUGGGCUUCGAGAGGCGAAGUACCUCGUUUCGCGCAAAGUCACACACUUAAUAAGGAGCAAUGCUUGUAAAGUGGAGGUGGAGCCCCUUCAGGGUCGGGUUCAUGUCUUACUCAAUUCUGAUUAUCCAUCUGGUGCAAGAGCAAAGCACUCCUAUAAAGUUAUUGCCUCUCCACAAAGCGCAGUGUCCUUGGAUACUUCAGCACUGCUAGUUUUUGUUAUUCUUACUCGGUCUCCCAUAAAGAUUUCUUCUGCUUACACUGCUCUGUGCUUAUCUCUCUGCAUGGCCAGCUCAUUUUACUUGCUUAAAGUAUAAUCACUUUUACAAACUACUUUCUUAUGAUGAGUUCUAAGAAUCAGAUUAUCAGGUAAAAAGGUAGGAACAUUUUUAGGCCUCUAGAUGUAUAUCAUCAGAUUAUUUCCCCAUAAUCCUGGACCAUGCAUACUGUCACUACUUGUCCCCAUUUCACAGUAAGCUCACAGGAAUGGUACACUGUGAGCGACUUGUUUGUUGGCUCACUUAUCUGGAAUGGUACAUUUCAGUAUUUCUUUCAUUUCUGUGUGUAUUUCUGUGACAAGGAGAAGUCCUUUUCAUUUAUUUUUUGAUGUCAAUGUCAUUUUACCUAUAAUCAGCACCUACCUUGAGCAGGAACUCAAGACUAGCCUGGGCAACAUAGUGCGAUCUGGAGGUCUUGAUGUUUCUUCUUACAAAUAAGAGGUGAACUUGUAUAUGGAUGUGUAUUUAAAGUAACAGUUGAUACAAUUCUUUUUAAUCUACUGAUUUGCUUUUAUAGUUUUUUCAUAAAGUUUCAGUAUAAUACCAUGUAUCUUAAAUGUGCUAUAGUAAUUGUAUGAAAAUUUAUUUCUUAACUUUUGUGCUCUGCAAGUUGUAGUCACUUUAUUUUAUAUAUGCCUGCUCUCUUAUAGAACUAGAUACUGGAGAAAAUUAAAUGAUAAAAUAAUUCACAAAUCCCACUAACAGAGAUGACUUUUUAAAAUUUACUUAUUCCUUCUUCUAAAUGUCUUAGUGUACACUAUUUUUAACUUAAAAAUAUAGAAUGAACAUAUGGUUUUAAGUAUUGGCAUGUUGGGUGGACUUUUAUAUAUAAACAUUUAAAAUGUUCAGUGGGUUAUCUAAGAUGAUAUAUAUUUAGGGUGUAAAGGUAAUUAAUUCCACAAUGUAUACCAGCACUUCAGAAAUGCAGAGUAUAGCUAGGUAUAGGGAGGGACCUGAGGGGCAAUUCUGUGGGAAUUUUAUGAGCAUCUUAGUGGCUGUAUCAUGCUGUAUCCCUGCAGCAGGAAUGACAGCAAUGAAUGACAGUUUCUGUUGCUUUGUGUCCUCACUAGCAUUUGGUGCUGUCACUAAUCUGGAUUUUGGCUGUUGUAAUAGAGGUCAAGUGCUACUUGUUUCAA